GUCCUCAACACCCUCACACACACACACACACGUGUGCAGGACUGCAUUGCCAUGGCGGACCUACAGAUGAAGCUUCUCCGCAAGAAAAUUCAGAAAAGGAAUGAUAAGAACAAAGAGCGAAAACUACUUCGGGAUCAAACAGAAAAAGAAGAGAACGGUAACUUAAACGGCUUUGAAGACCAGGGUUGUGAGAAAAAAGAAAACGGUUUAAAGAAACCGAUUGUGGUGCCAGCGGAAGAGACCACGACAAAAGUGAAGACCCCCAAGAAGACGAAGAAGAAAAGAAAGCUGACCGACCCUGCGGAAUCCCCAGUUGAGAAAAAAACCAGAACCGUAGAAGAAGAAGAAGAAGAAGAAGAAGAAGAGGCGGAGGACGUCGAUGGAGAUGCUUCAUCAGAUGGAGAACAGAAAAGCAAUCGACUCAAGGACGCUGCAAAGGAAGGAGAUGACGAAGAAGAGGACGAUAGCGAAGAGGAAGAUGAUCAGCCUGAAUUACCAUCUGGUUUAACGGGAGCAUUUGAGGACACGUCCUUUUCCUCUCUUGCUGAGCUGGUGAGUGAGAGCACGCUGAAAGCGGUGAAGGAGAUGGGCUUUGAACACAUGACUGAGAUCCAGCACAAAAGCAUUCGCCCACUGCUGGAGGGAAGAGAUGUUCUGGCUGCGGCAAAGACGGGUAGCGGUAAAACCUUGGCCUUCCUCAUCCCGUCCAUGGAGCUUAUCUACAAACUCAAGUUCAUGCCCAGGAAUGGCACCGGCGUGGUGAUCCUUUCCCCCACGCGCGAGUUGGCGAUGCAGACGUACGGCGUGCUGAAGGAGCUGAUGGUGCAUCACGUCCACACCUUUGGUCUGAUCAUGGGUGGCAGCAACCGCUCAGCGGAGGCCCAGAGGCUUGCUAACGGUGUCAAUAUUCUGGUGGCCACACCCGGCCGCCUACUGGACCACCUCCAGAAUACUCCUGGGUUCAUGUUCAAGAACCUACAGUGUCUGAUUAUUGAUGAGGCCGACCGAAUCCUAGAGGUGGGAUUUGAGGAGGAACUGAAGCAGAUCAUCAAGCUGCUGCCGAAGAAGAGACAGACCAUGCUGUUUUCCGCCACUCAGACCCGUAAGGUGGAGGACUUGGCUCGCAUCUCUUUGAAGAAAGAGCCGCUCUACGUCGGCGUGGACGACAACAAAGACAACGCCACCGUGGACGGUCUGGAGCAGGGUUACGUCGUGUGUCCGUCAGAGAAGCGCUUCCUGCUGCUCUUCACCUUCCUGAAGAAGAACCGCAAGAAGAAGCUCAUGGUCUUCUUCUCCUCCUGUAUGUCUGUGAAGUUCCACUACGAGCUACUCAACUACAUCGACCUGCCUGUCAUGGCCAUCCAUGGCAAACAGAAGCAGACCAAACGCACCACCACCUUCUUCCAGUUCUGUAAUGCCGACUCUGGCAUCCUGCUGUGUACUGACGUGGCGGCCCGAGGCCUGGACAUCCCCGAGGUGGACUGGAUUGUCCAGUACGACCCCCCAGAUGACCCCAAGGAGUACAUCCACCGGGUGGGCAGGACGGCCAGAGGCAUCAACGGCAGAGGCCACGCCCUCCUCAUCCUGCGGCCCGAGGAGCUUGGCUUCCUGCGCUUCCUGAAACUGGCCAAGGUUCCAUUGAGCGAGUUUGACUUUUCUUGGAGCAAGAUCUCAGAUAUCCAGUCCCAGAUGGAGAAGCUGAUCGAGAAGAACUACUAUCUCCACAAGUCGGCCCAGGAGGCCUACAAGUCCUACGUGAGGGCGUACGACUCCCACUCGCUCAAACAGAUUUACAGCGUCAACACCCUCAACCUUCCCAUGGUGGCGCUCUCGUUUGGGUUCAAGGUCCCCCCAUACGUCGACCUGCAUGUUCACAGCGGUAAAGGAGGGAAGCUGCAGAAGCGAGGCGGAGGAGGCGGGUUUGGAUACCAGAAAUCCAACAAUGCGCAUAAGUCCAGGAUCUUCAAGCAUGUGAACAAAGGGAAAGGGGACCGGAGGCAGUUCUCCCGCUGAACAGCCUUCAUGUGGACUCGAACUCUUGUGCAUGUUCCACCAACCGCCCUGAGCAGAUGAGGAGCCUCCCAGCUGUUUUGUAAAUGUAGAGAAGCGAUGUGUUGAACUAGGCCGCUGCAUUCCUCCUGUGUUCCUGUAGGGACUCAUUUUUUCUUUACUUCAUGUUAUCUACCUGAAAUAUUAAAUCUAUUGGCUUUCAUUUA